AUGGCACAUAUUGAGCGACUGAGUCAGGACGUAGUGAACCGUAUUGCGGCUGGAGAAGUGGUACAUCGUCCUGUGAAUGCAUUGAAAGAAUUAUUGGAGAAUUCACUGGAUGCAGGAGCAACGAAUGUCGUAGUUACAGUAAGUCAAGGUGGUCUCAAGCUGCUACAGAUUCAAGACAAUGGACGAGGCAUUCAGUGUCAAGACUUGGAGAUUGUAUGUGAACGAUUUACGACCAGUAAACUCAAGAAAUUUGAGGAUCUACAAGAUAUCAAAAGCUUUGGAUUUCGAGGUGAAGCACUUGCCAGUAUUUCACAUGUUGCUCAUGUUACAAUCACAUCUAAAACAGCAGACCAGCUAUGUGCCUACAAAGCUUCAUAUCGAGACGGGAAGUUGGUGGCAAAGAAACCAGGAGAAUCGAAGGAUCCCAAGCCUUGCGCAGGAAAAAACGGCACGCAAAUUUUAGUAGAGGAUUUGUUUUACAAUCUAAGUACGAGAAAACAGGCGCUGAAGAAUGCGUCGGAGCAGUACACGCGGAUUUUGGACGUAGUGCAAAAAUAUGCCAUUCACUUUGGAGCGAAAGGAGUGGGGUUUGUAUGCAAAAAGUAUCGUGACUCUGCGUGCGGUGUCAAUACGAUGCAAAGCUCCUCUCAGCUGGACGUGAUUCGUUUAAUUUAUGGCAGCAAGAUUGCAAAAGAACUUAGUGCGUUUGAACUUACCAAACAUAUAGGAUUAAAGGACUUACAACAUCAAGUCUACGGAUACAUCAGCAAUGCCAGCUACCACUUACGAAAAAGCAACUUCAUUCUGUUUAUCAACGAUCGCCUGGUCGAGUGCCCAGCAUUAAAACGUGCUUGUGAGUAUGUCUACUCACUGUAUUUGCCAAAGCACACACACCCGUUUAUAUAUUUGAGCAUGGAACUACCACCUCGUAACAUUGACGUGAACAUUCACCCGACGAAACGAGAGGUUCACUUCCUCCACGAAGAAGAUAUCGUUGACUCGAUAAGUCAGGCAAUUGAAAAGCAAUUGAAAGGCAGCAACGAAAGUCGGAGCUUUUCCGUUCGGUCGAUAACGGCCAUGUUGGGAGCAUCGUCAGCAAACAACGACAUUGUAUCAACAAAGCAACGCAGACGAGAAAGUGCUAUGGAACAGGAAGCAAAAGAACAAACAGAGUCAAGUGACGAAGAUUGCAAUAAGAGGGUGCAAGAAAGUGAAAGUAGAGAUGAAGUUAACUGCUCAACCGACUCAGUCAAAAUUGAUCUCCGCCAAAAACCGACUCCACCUUCCAAGCAAUACCAGUCAGCACUGGCACCACAGCGUUUAGUGCGAACUGAUCAUCGGUCGAACACAAUCGACAAAUACUGCUUCCUCGAAUCGCAGAAAACCCAACUAUCUCAACACUCCCAGCCUUGCUCGCAAAAAGAUGGUUGCGGCACGAGCCCCGACAAAACGGGUAAGCGAGACGAGUUUAACGAAACUAGUGAUUCCGUUGCGGCAAAGUCCUUCAAGCUCAGGAAAAGAAAACUGUCAGAGGCACAAUUAAGUCAAGAACCGGAACCGGAGGACGAGCAUGACCGCCGCGGGAGUCUGGAGGCGACUCAGACCCCACAAAUGCUGUCGAGCGUCCAAAAUUUGCUGAGCUUGGUGCGACAAAAGAAGAGUAAUGCGCUUGCAAGGCUCUUCCGUGAGCACAGUUUUGUGGGCAUCGUUGACAAGCAGUUCUCACUGUUGCAAUAUCGGACAAAGCUGUACAUCGUACGACACAACAAAAUCGCCUUUCACGUGUUUUACCAGCAGGUCCUGCUGCAGUUUGGUGCGACAAGGCCGAUUACUCUGCAGACACCACUUGCAAUCUUUGACUUGGUGCUUGAGGCACUGAAGAAUCCUCGGAAUGGAUAUGACGAAGAGGACGGUCCCCGAGAACAGCUUGCAGACGAGAUCAAGACGCUGCUAGUUUCAAACGGUCCGAUGCUGUUUGAGUAUUUCUCGCUCAACAUUAAUUUACAAGGUAUGCUGUGCACAUUGCCACAGCUACUAGCAGACCACGAGCCAUCAAUCCAUUCCCUCCCGGAAUUUGUAUUCCAUUUGGCGACAAGAGUGAAUUGGGAGGAAGAAGAGCCUUGUUUUGAUGGUGUAGCACAAGUACUGGCACGUUAUUACAGUGAGAUACGCUACCCAGGUAAUAUCGAACGAGAGGCCUUGGUAUUGGAGCACGUGCUGUUUCCAGCGACAAAACUUGCUACAUUCUGUCCACCAAAUGAACUCAAUCAUGCGCAGCUCAUGACACCCGUAGCCUGUCUUACUAAUCUCUACAAGAUCUUUGAGCGAUGUUAA